AUGGUCGCCGCCGCCCUCAGGGCCCUCAAGGAGCGCAACGGGUCCUCUCGCCAAGCCAUCCUCAGGUUCAUCCUCGCUUCCUUCCAGGUCGGGGAUGAGAGGGCCGCCGGCGUGCACCUGAAGCAGGCGCUGAGGAGGGGCGUCGCCGGCGGGUCCCUGCAGCAGACUAAGGGCACCGGCGCCUCCGGCUCCUUCAAACUUUCGAAGGAGCUGAAGAAGGCUGCGCUCAGGAAGGACUCUGUCAAGAGAAGCGCUAAGACUGCAACAAAGAAACUCAGUGCUAAGACUGCCACAGAGAAACCCAGCGCUAAGACUGCAACGAAGAAACCAACAACAAAGAAGGCGACAGCAAAGAAACAGACUCUCAAGAAAACAGCAGCUAAGGAACAAACCACAAAGAAUGGGAAGAGCUAG